UGUGUGUGUGGUUAGCUACCCUCCCAUCAAGAUCAUCUCCUUGCACUGGAAUGUAUUACUUGUCACCUGCGUGGUGGUUUUGAGAUUAGUGCAUUAGAAAAAGGGUUACUAAAGACUUGAGAGAGAGAGAAGUGUGACUAGUUUACUUGAUAAUUUCAGCAGAAGUUUUUCUGGGUUAAUGUACUUUUCAUAAACGAGCGAGGAACACACUCAUCGCCAAAUAAGGCUGCCUCAUUUUCCACUGCCAGACAUUAUUGGCCUGUUGACAUACGGUGCAUUAGUCCUCCCGCACUGACAGAUUGGAAGCUUGGACUUGAGCCUCGUUCCCCCAGGAGGGUUUCUGUGUCCAGUCAGACAUCAGAUAACCAAAGAGGGACACCUGGACUGGCAGGUGGCCGGGGUCUAGGCACCUCCCCUGGGGCUGCAUACCUCUGUUCUCUUGAUCCUGUCAGCCAGGACCACAGAGUGAGAGGGAGAGAGGAAUGUGAGGAGGGAGGUGGGCGAAAAAAAAAAAAAGAAAAGGGGGGAACUAGAAAGUUUUGACAGUGUUGGAGAUGCUAAUUUGGCUGUGAUCAAGCAGAUUAUUGAAGAAGGAAUGAAGAUAAAUUAGAUGCAAUGAAAGAAAGGGAAAAAGUCUGUUGAACAAGAGAUGGUUGUUCAGCCUUUUCCAUUACAGAAGCCCGCUUUUAGGCUACGUUUGCAAAACCAUAUCUGCACGUCUGUGUUCAGUUUAUACACAUAUAUGUAUAUUAAAAACAGCCAGUGUCUUAACAGCUUUAUAGAGAUUAUCCAAAGCCUUUAAACUAGUUGAGUUGAUCUGCUUAAAGUAAAAGUUCUUGAUUGGAUAAUGAAGUUACCUAGGGCGUACUCUCAUUCUCGCUCUCUUACACAAACACACACACACAAAUGCACAUUGAGAGUGCGGUAUGAGUGUUGUUAGAUCAUUGAUCAACUCCAGACUCUGGUAAGAAAGCUGUGUGUGUGUGCAGACAAAUAGUCCUGUGUGUGCAAAGCAGAUAUUUGGACAAAGAUUAGGGGGGUGUUAUUACGAGCCAAAAGCAACCCAGACGCUCUAAUAGAUCAUUCACACACAUGCUUAAGAUUGCAUUCUGACUGGAACCGCUCGGUUUAAGCCUCGCAGUCACGUUCCUGCUCUUUCUGCUCUCUUUCAUGCACUCAGUUGGAAAAGUUUCCUCCCUUUCGUUGGUUUCCUUAAGUUUCUCACCUUUUGCGUGCGGGCUCGCUGAGUAUGGCGCGCUGAGCCUGCACGCACGCUGGAAUAAUAAGUGCGUUGUAUUCUUUUCUCCAGCUUGUGUUAUAGAUCAAUAAAAGCGGCAACAACAACAAAAAAAGCUGGAAUCUGGGUUGUAUCCCAGAGCUACAACCAAUAAUCAGAUUUAAAGUGUUGCCCCAGAGAGCAAGAACUCAUCAUCGAAGAAUGUCAGACUGGCAGGAGAAGACAUGAUUCAACAGAAUAAAUCACUGGGCACCAGAUUAGUGAGGUAUUGGGCCCCUGAGGUUAUCAGUGCUGGAAUUUUCCAUCGACAGCGCGGCUCUGUCUGCUGUCCAAAUUGUAUCUGUAUGAGGUUUUUAUUUUAUGCAGGAUAAUGCACAUCCGUGGCCUUGAGUGACAGGACAAAUGGUAGCUCUGCUUUACUGCGUCUCACAAAUCCUGCUCCUGAAACUGAGAGCUCUCUUUGAAAAGAGCCUCCUCCAGCUGUUUCCCUUCCCAAGAAUGUCUUUGAGAUGCAGCAGCUUUCACUCGAUAACCAUGAGCUAGGCUGUCAGGCGCUAUUGCACCAUCUCAAACUCAGUUGACGCAGCCGAACCCAUCGCCUUCUCUUCACGUUCCUGCCUCUUAUCCAUUUCCCAAUUCAUCCUCAUGUCUGUUUUUUCCUAUAACCUUCUCAUUUGGCCUGCUCCUUCUAACUUUACAGUCUUUCUCCAUUCCCUCAUCUCUCUUUCUGUCACCCCCCCACCUUAUCUCAAUUUCCUAAUGCCUCCUCGUAUCUGUUUUUCAUAUAAUAUUUCACCCGCUCUGCUUUUCUCUUCCUUCCUUCAUCUCCCACUGAGAGUUGUAGGGCCAGUCCCCCCCCCUCCCGGUUCCUGCUGAAUAAUGGGGAGAAAUUGCUCUUGAUUUAUAAUUGGUUCCAUUCACUCUGAUGCAUGAGCUGCCAAAAGAGUUGGGGGGCCCCCUUUAACCCACCCCGUAUCCCUCCCCUCUCCCUCCCCUCUCUCCCAGCGCCGCAGGAACACACAAAGAGCAGGCUGCAUAUACGUACAGCUAUGAAAGUCUAUAUUGGCAUGCGUGAAUGCCGUGGCGUGCGUGCGUUUUAUUUCUCGGGCUUGGGAUAAGUGGUAGCCUGUUUUUUAGCGUGUUGACAUUUGGUGUUGGAAAAACUUCCUGAGGUCUGCAUAUUUAUGUGCCUCUGGGGUAGUGUAUGGAAGAUGUCUGGAAAGCAAGACUGGACUCCGUGGAUGAAAAAGAGAAGGGCUCCAGUGUUGUGCGCUCUUGGCGCAGUACUGCUGUGCUGCCUGCAGAGCGGCGCUUCACUCACCGUUUCCUCAGACGAGGUGCCGGCGUUCAACGAAGAGCCCACAUCCGUGGUGCAGAAGCUGGGAGGCAGCGUCACCCUGCAUUGCAGUGCCCGUCCCGCCUCCGCCAACAUCAGCUGGCGCCUCAACGGCCAUGAGCUGGUAGACGGAGAUUUGGGUGUAGUGCUGAGGCCCAGCAGCCUGUUCAUCCCAGUUCUCUCCAAUCAGACUCUUGGCAGAUACCAGUGUGUGGCCAGCACCAGCGCCGGAGCCCUAGCCAGUGUGCCUGCUGACGUCACUGCUGCCAAGCUGCGGGACUUUGAGCCCGAUGACCAGCAGGAGAUCGAAGUGGAUGAAGGCAACACGGCUGUUAUUGAAUGUCACCUCCCCGAAAGCCAGCCCAAGGCUCAGGUUCGCUACAGCGUCAAACAGGAAUGGCUGGAAACAUCCAAAGGGAACUACCUCAUCAUGCCAUCAGGGAACCUGCAGAUAGCCAACGCCACACGUGAUGAUGAGGGACCCUACAAGUGUGCUGCCUACAACCCCGUCACUCAGGAGGUUAAAACGUCCACCUCUGCUGAUCGUCUGCGCAUACGCCGCUCCACAUCAGAAGCGGCUCGGAUCAUUUACCCGCCGGCACCCCGCUCCAUCAUGGUGACUAAAGGCCAGCGGCUGGUGCUGGAGUGUGUGGCCAGUGGCAUCCCAACUCCCCAGGUCACGUGGGCAAAGGACGGGCAGGACCUGCGUCUCCACAACAACACGCGUUUCCUGCUUAGCAACCUGCUUAUCGACGCAGUCGGCGAGGGAGACUCGGGCACUUACGCUUGCGGGGCAGACAACGGCAUCGGCUCGGCCAGCUCUGCCGUGGUGCUCUAUGACGUCCAAGUGUUUGAGCCUCCUCAGGUGAUGGUGGAGCUGCAGCAGCGGGAAGUCGUGCACGGCGACACGGUGCGCUUCAUCUGCCAGGCCCGCGGUAAGCCCGCUCCCUCUGUGAUGUGGCUCCACAACGCCCAGCCGCUCGCCCAGUCUUCUCGCCACCGCCUCACCUCCCGGGGGCUGCGCAUCUCCAAAGUGGGCCCCCGGGAUGACGGGCUGUACCAGUGCAUGGCUGAGAACGGGGUGGGCAGCUCACAGGCCUCCACUCGCCUCAUCACCGUAUCAACCGGGACUUUAUCCCGAGGGAGGCUGCCUUCCAUUUACCGCCCGCUCAGCCCAGACAAGGUGCUGAGAGAGCAGCCGCCUGUGAGGCCGGGGGUUGCAGGUGCCAUGUUGCCUCUAGACUGCUCAGAAUUUCCAGGGUACAUGCCUGCAGAAGCCCCCAUCAUCCUCAGUCAGCCACGCACAGGCAAGGCUGACUAUUAUGAGCUCACCUGGAAGCCGCGGCACGAGCAUGGACCUCCUGUACUGGAGUAUAUGAUAAAAUACAGAAAGGUGGGAGAACUUCUUGCAGACUGGACCUCCACCAGUAUCCCGGGCUCUCUCCAUAAGCUGACUCUAUCCAAGCUGCAGCCGGACAGCUUGUAUGAGGUCGAGAUGACUGCCAAGAACUGUGCAGGGCUGGGACAACCAGCCAUGAUGACCUUCAGAACCGGCAAAGGUCGCAAAAAUCUGGGAGUGUCAAAUGAUCCUCCAAAGACUCCCUCUGUCCCCUCACCAAGCCUCUCUCCUCCCGAAGCCCCCGACAAGCCCACGGUCUCCACAGCGACUGAGACGUCGGCAUACGUGACUUGGAUUCCUCGCGGUAACCGCGGCUUCCCCAUCCAGUCGUUUCGGGUGGAGUACAAGAAGGUGAAGAAGGCAGGAGAGGACUGGGUGACGGCGGUGGAGAACAUCCCCCCGUCGCGACUCUCCGUGGAGAUCACGGGCCUGGAGAAAGGUACGUCCUAUAAGUUCCGUGUGGUAGCGGUGAACGUGAUUGGUUCCAGUCCUCCCAGCGCCCCUUCCAAGGCAUACACGGUGGUUGGCGGGAGAACACACGAACGCCCCGUCGAUGGACCCUACAUUACCUAUAAUGAGGCCAUCAACGAGACCACCAUCAUUCUCAAAUGGACGUACACUCCUGUAAACAACACGCCCAUCUACGGUUUCUACAUCUACUACCGGCCGACAGACAGCGAUAAUGACAGCGACUAUAAGAAGGAUGUGGUGGAAGGGGACAGAUACUGGCACUCGAUUACGGACCUGCAGCCCGAGACCGCCUACGACAUCAAGAUGCAGAGCUUCAACGAGAAGGGAGAGAGCGAAUUUGGCAAUGUCGUGAUCCUUGAAACAAAAGCUCGUCCUAACUCCCAAAAGCCUCUCCCAUCAGAGACUCCCAUUGACCCUCGGUAUGGACCGCCCGAUGGAGGUGUGCCUCGCCCCGGCGACCUCCCCUACCUCAUAGUUGGCGUUGUCCUGGGAGCCUUCGUCUUCAUUAUUGUCGCCUUCAUCCCCUUCUGCCUGUGGCGGGCUUGGGCCAAACAGAAGCAAACAACCGACAUGUGCUUCCCCGCUGUGGCCGCCCCCGUGUCGUCAUGUCAGUACACCAUGGUUCCUCUUCAGGGACUUGCAUUAGUGGGCCACUGCCCGCUGGAUACUCACAUGACCGCUCCACAUGGCGUGUACCCCGCCAACGGAGAAUACACACCAAAUGGCAAACCUCACCACCCUAAGCACUGCCUGCCAGGCCUCCAGCAGGAUGGUGUGGAUUGUGAUAUGGAGUGUGACACGCUGCUGCAACAGCCCAAUGGACACCUGCCUGUUUACCACUAUUCUACCAGUGGCCCUGAUCAUCCUGAUCAUCCUGAGCACUCCUGCUAUUCUCCAGAUGACUCCACUCUCCAGCUCCUCAACUCCCCACAUCAGCUUUUAGACUCGCAGGACGCGGGAGGUGACAGCGGCUUCUGUGGUGGAGACAAAACGGAGGACAUCGCUCCAAGUAUAGCCGGCAUCUUUCCCGCUUCUCUCUCUGGAGGACGAAGGGAUUUUCACCACAUCCUCUUCGGCAGCCACAACGCCACAAUCCCAAGAUGCAGCUAUACAGGAAGUGAACAUCCUCCCAAAUGAAGCGUCCCCCGAGGACGAGGGGACGGCCAGCGUGACAGAUGCAUGAGAGACUGUUAAAUAAACAGUAAACAAAAAGAGAGAAAAUAUUUAUUUUUGUAUCACAGAUAUUUAUAUAUUUAUGCUUUUGUACAUAAGUGUCCGAUUAUACUGUAUAUAAGGUUAUUUUCAUAUUGAAAAGAAAGUGACUUUUUAUUCAUAGAUCUCCUCACGCUAUGUCACGGACAAAGGGAGUAGUAUUUUGUCUUUUUGCCUGUCUGCAUUUGAGACCUUUAUUCCUUGUGUGAAGAAGAGUCUGGAGUCUCCAGGGACUUCCUCUCAGUUCAGCACUUCACAACUAAACCCUCCCCACCAAUCAUGUCUUUCCCAGCCUUCCUCCAUCCUUAGUCUGGACCUCUUAGGUACUUAGCUUUACGUACAACAGAAACACAAUCGGACCCAGUCUGAUGCUGUCACGAGGUGCUGUUUAGCUCUGCGAUAUCACGUUCUCGGUCAUUUCUGUAUAGCAGUAACACAAAUGUAUUAUGCAUUGUUCGUCAUUAACAAACUAUUAACAAGUGUAUGCAACAUAAAUCAUUGUUUCAGUAGUGUACAAGAGAUUAUAUAUUGUAUAGUUUAUUUAUUUUGUUUUGGUAUAUUUUUUUUAAAUCACUGAAUGGGAGAGAUUCUGGAAAAUGUCUUUAACUCAGUCAUUGAUAAGCUGAACUUUAUACUGCAACCAUUUCUGUGUUUACUUGUUUGCUGGUUACCAAAAGACUGCCAGGUGAGGCUGCUGCGACAGGUGUGUCAGUAUUAUUCCUCCCUCACUGGUCGGUACAUAAGUGUUAGUCUUUGACAGAGACAUCUGCAAUCAAAAUGAAGGAGAUCCUGAAUCUACACUCCCUUUUUUUUUUUCUUUUUAAAGUGUAGCUGUUCUGUGGUUGCACAUGCUGGAGCACUAUUGCAUGUAAAUAAAUGCUUAUGAAAUUGA